AUGGGCCGGAACCAGUCGCGCAACUAUGCCCUGCUCAUCGUGGGCGCCUUCAUCACCCUCUGGGUUUUCAUGCUCAGCCGAAAUCGACAAGCCCUAAACGGUGACAUCCAGACUACCGUACCCCUCGAUUCCCCGGAUUUCAAAGAGGACCAAAAUGGGCCCGCCGACUACCCGAAGUACGACCCAGAAAUGGUGGCCAAGGUGGCCAAGUCGGUCGGAUCGUUCGAUGAGGUUGAUGCCAAGUCACCAUUUAUCUUCAUUGGAGGAGUCCCCCGGUCUGGCACGACUUUGAUGAGGGCCAUGCUCGACGCACAUCCGGAUGUCAGAUGCGGGGAAGAGACCAGGGUCAUUCCGAGGAUCCUGGGCUUACGGGGGCAGUGGCGGAAGAGUGAUCGCGAGUGGAACCGGCUACAACAGGCCGGCGUGACGAACGAGGUAAUCAACGCCGCCGUCGCCUCAUUCAUCGUGCAAAUCAUCGCCGGUCAUGGAGCUGCUGCUCCUCGGCUUUGCAACAAAGAUCCGUUCACCAUGAAAAGCGCACAAUACAUCACCGAGAUCUUCCCGAACGCCAAGAUGUUGUUCAUGAUAAGAGACGGUCGAGCUACCGUACACUCCAUCAUCAGCCGAAAAGUUACCAUCACCGGAUUCGAUCUCUCUGAUUAUCGACAGUGUCUUCAGAAGUGGAAUGCGGCUAUUCAGGCAAUGCUCGAACAAUGCAACGCGGUCGGUGACAAAUGCUUGAAAAUCCACUACGAACAACUCGUGCUCCACCCCGAGAAACAGAUGCGCGAGAUCCUGAACUUCCUGGAUCUGCCCUGGAAUUCCUCCGUCCUCCACCACGAAGAACUCAUCGGCAAGGACAUCUCGCUCAGCAAGGUCGAGCGGAGCAGCGACCAGGUCGUGAAACCGGUAAAUGUUGAUGCGCUCUCGAAAUGGGUGGGCCAGAUUCCGAAGGAUGUCGUGGACGAUAUGGCAGGAGUAGCGCCAAUGCUCGCCAUUUUGGGAUACGACCCGAUGGCCAAUCCACCGAAUUACGGGACACCGGACGCGAUUGUCGUCGAGAACACGAAUGAUGUCCAUCAGAACGGAAGGGAAUGGUACAAAAAGGCGAUCAAGGUCGUCAACGAUCCGGGCCGUGUCGACAAGCCGCAUGAC